UGCAUUGACGAGCAGCGCAUUCCUUACUUGAAUUUAGUCGUGGCACACAGCUUUACAACAAGAAGGAGGAGAUGGUCAAAGUCAAUCUUGAAAGGCUUGUGGUCCUUUGAAGUAGCUUCAGCAGUGUGUGUGUGUGUGUGUGAUGAGGCCACAACGUCAGAACACGAGACAAUUCCGCGAAGUACAUGUAACUAAAGUAGUAGCAAGCUGGAUAGUCGCAACUACAGUGGAGCUGGCUGCUAGACAAGAACUGUCUUUGCCCACCAUUUCCACUCUAUUACCCUCGGAGGUAGAAACAAUUUGCAGUUGCCGUGAUCCAGUUGACGAUGCGUUCUUGUGCGUAACAUAACUUACAAUCCGCAAUGGACAGUUACAAGAUUGCUUCCUCCUCCGUCACACAGUCUAAGGAUGUACGCCCACCAAGCGGUUAUCGUCUGUUAGCAAUUGCUUUGGCAAGCAUCACUGCUUUCUCCGCAUCAGCGCUGGCAUCCUGCAGCACGUAUUUUUGCCCAAGCACCAUAGUGUCCUUCACAGCGAUCCCUGUGUCAAGUGUGACGGUAUUUCCAACCUGCACCACAAACUUGACCCUUCUACUAUCCGGUAUAUCCAUUGUUCAAGAUUAUGGAAGGUUUCCAGACUUAAUUCACCUCAAUUUACGAAACAACCAGUUCACCUCAGUGGAUGAAGACCAAUUUCAAAACGCCACGAAACUCAAGCUUCUAGGAUUAGAUGACAAUAACUUCACGUCGUUUCCACCCAAGCUUCUGUACAACCUUGUCGACCUUCGUAUUUUUGGAUGUAGAUCGAACCAGUUGACCUACUUGCCAACAAACUUCUUCCUUAAAAAUCGCAAACUGUACGAAUUCCAUAUAGUGGACGUACUAGGAACCUUCAUUGACGAUGUAUCGCUUUGCCCAAUCUCUCAAGUAGCAUCAAGAGGUCUCUCGUUGUUCAGCCAAAUUGGUUUGAAGAACAUAUCAGUGGAUUUCAUGCUAGACACCUGCAAAGGAGCAUAUGUGGGAUGCUAUCAUGAUGACAACAGAACCAAGUUCUUUUGUGAGUGCCCGAGCGGGAAAAUCUUCGGCGGUCGUGAUUUGGGCUGCCAGGACGUGAGCAUUUGCCACCAGCAGUACAGCAGCAAGUGUGUCCUCUUUCCAACAUGCACGCUACUGCCAGGCACCUUGAACUACAACUGCGCAUGUCUGCCGGUGCUGACGCUGUCGAAUGACGGAUCCACCUGCCAGCAGAUAAAUGAAUGUGCGAUGAAUACCUCACUGUGUGCCACGAAUGAAAUCUGUGUUGAUACGUGGGCAAGUUACCAUUGUACUUGCAAAUCAGGAUACUACCGAGGUGGUGGGAACUGCACCAACGCCAAUGAAUGUGAGGUUGGUGGAUUCAUACCCUGUGGAACAAAUGAGGUGUGCAUUGAUUCACCAGGGUCAUACACUUGCCAAUGUUCAAACGGAUUCUCAGGAUCUGGGAGAACAUGUUCGGAUGUCAAUGAAUGUUCUACAACCGGUAGCAGUGCUGUCACAUGUCCACAGAACUCAACUUGCUUAAAUACAAUUGGGUCGUAUGAGUGUAGGUGUGAUGCUGGCUUCCAGGAUAUUCUACAACCCACAUCGCCGACAUCUCCUCGUUGUGAAAACAUUGAUGAAUGCUGUAAUGGCCAGGCUACGUGCUCUGCUGAUAUGCAAUGCAAUGAUACCGUGGGAUCAUAUCAAUGUCUGUGCAAAACCGGAUUCCGUUGGCAAGGCAAAGAUGACAUUUGUAAAAAUAUCAACGAGUGUCAAGCCUCUGCUGAGAAUCCCUGUACGACCACAUCACAGUGCAUUGACACGGAGGGAUCAUUUGUGUGUCUGCCAACUUGGCGUGGGGAAGCUCUCUUCUCAUCGUCGGCAUCCAGCACAGCAGGUGAUGGCACUGCAACCACCACGGCAGCUGUUCAAAUCUCCACGCUGGCUGUGGGAACUAUACUGCUCGUUUGUGCCAUCGCGAACCUUCUUGUCGUCAGCAAGGUGAGGAAACAACAGCAGUGCGACGAGAGAAUGCGCUUAGAAAAUACGAAGCGCGGUCACGAGGUGCACGCACGGCCGGACAAUACCCUAGCUGAAUCUUCUACAUCAAUCGUCAACACUGGAUCUAUCUCUGCUCCUUAUUGCAACAGUACUUGGGAUGGACGCUCCACCACAAAAUCUUACAAGGCGCGACACCAGGACAGUUCUCAGCAAUGGGGAUUGGUGGACGAAUACACAUGCAGCUUGCACCCGAACAGGGGCAUACCACAGGGUGAUGAGCACAACCCACAUCUGGAGACCAUCGUGAAUUCUACUGGCUUCGACCAAUCGGACUACGACCACCUGGGCAGUGAGAACACAUGCCCAUCGCAUCGCAUUCCCGAGGAAACCAAGUCUUUAUCAGACACUGCAGUAGAAUCAUUACAUCAUCUCCAGUGCUAGAUCUAGACCACGCACAUUGCACAUUUCCAAACA